CCCCGCCCCCGCGUGCGUGGAGACGUGCGAACGCCGGCGUCGUCUUCGGCUGAGGUGGCAGCGGCUCGGCCACGAUGGAGCUGCCUGCGAUGUCGGAGCUGAUGGUGCUGUCCUUCGUGGUCGGGCUGCUGGCCCUGAUGGCGACGGCGGCUGUGGCGCGGGGGUGGCUGCGCGCCCAGGAGGAGAAGGGCAGCCAGCCCGUCGUCCAAAAAACAAAUGGACCCAAGAAGCCAGGAUCCAAGAAGCAGAAACAGCAGCAGCGGAUUCGCAAGGAGAAGCCUCAGCAGCACAACUUCACCCACCGCCUUCUGGCUGCAGCGCUGAAGAGCCACAGCGGGAAUGUAUCGUGUAUGGACUUCAGCAGCAAUGGCAAGUAUCUGGCCACCUGUGCAGAUGAUCGCACCGUCCGCAUCUGGAGCACCAAGGACUUCCUGCAGCGGGAGCACCGCAGCAUGCGAGCCAACGUGGAGCUGGACCACGCCACCUUGGUGCGCUUCAGCCCUGACUGCAGGGCCUUCGUCGUCUGGCUGGCUAAUGGGGACACCCUUCGUGUCUUCAAGAUGACCAAGCGAGAAGAUGGAGGCUUUUCCUUCACAGCCACCCCAGAGGACUUCCCUAAAAAGCACAAGGCACCUGUCAUCAACAUUGGCAUUGCUGACACAGGAAAGUUCAUCAUGACGGCCUCCAGUGACACAACUGUCCUCAUCUGGAAUCUGAAAGGCCAAGUGUUGUCCACCAUUAACACCAACCAAAUGAACAACACCUACGCUGCCAUAUCCCCUUGCAGCAGGUUUGUGGGCUCGUGUGGCUUCACCCCGGAUGUGAAGGUCUGGGAAGUCUGCUUUGGAAAGAAGGGGGAAUUCCAGGAGGUCGUGCGAGCCUUUGAACUGAAGGGCCACUCGGCAGCUGUCCACUGCUUCGCCUUCUCCAACGACUCCCGGCGGAUGGCCUCUGUGUCCAAGGACGGCACGUGGAAAUUGUGGGACACUGACGUGGAAUACAAGAAGCAGCAGGACCCCUAUUUGCUGAGGACAGGCCGCUUUGAAGAGGCGAGUACCAUGCCGUGCCGCCUGGCACUCUCCCCUGACACCCACGUCUUGGCCUUGGCCAGCGGCACCAGCAUUCAUCUGUACAACACGCGGCGCGGCGAGAAAGAGGAGAGCUUUGAACAGGUGCACGGGGAGUGUAUCGCCGACCUGGCCUUCGAUGUCACCGGCCGCUUGCUGGCCUCCUGCGGAGACCGGGCCGUGCGGCUCUUCCACAACACCCCAGGCCACCGGGCGGUGGUGGAAGAGAUGCAGACCCUGCUGAAGCGCGCCUCCAGCGACAGCACCCGCCAGAGGCUGCAGCAGCAGCUAGCGCAGGCCCAGGAAGCCCUGAGGAGCCUGGGCGCCCUGAAGAAGUGACUGGCUCAGGCUCGGGUAGGGACCUGCUGCCUGUGCCCGCCGCCGCUUUCUUCCCAGGUGCUCCCAGGCGGAAACCUUGUGAAAGGAGUCCCCUGACUUGUUUUCGUACUGGUGGCCUCUCUGGUCUCCGUCCCACUGAACGUACUCUUGCCUACUUGGACAGCCCUCUCCUCUUACUGGUUCGCAUUCCUCCUGGACCAGAGAGCAGGGUCCCUCCCUCCUGGGUGCAAGGGGCGGUGUUUGUCCUCCUCCAGCCCCGAGGAGAGUGGUAGAGGAGUGAGAGAACUUGACCUUAUGACAAUGUACCCUGACACUCAGAGAAGUUCGGAAAUACAGAGGUGGAGCCUAGGGACACUGGAGAAGAAGGCAGCAGCCUUGCAAGCGAGACGUUGGAAACCUUCCAGUUACAGAGCGGGGCGGUGAGGUCAGGGGAAGCUGAGUCUUCACCGGCCCCAGGCUCCUAACUGGCAAAAAGGAAACAGGAAGAAAUUCAUUCUGGG